AUGUCUGCGGCACCGAAGACGCCAGGUUUGGCCGGCAAGAUUAGAGCAGAUGAGGAGAUCAAAGGCAUUUACGAUAGCCUCAAUGGGCGAUGGGACUUGGGUCUUCUACAGCGGGGUCUCGAUUCACCCGGGAAUCGAAAAAAUAGAUGCAAAUCCUUACAACAGGAAUUGGUUGACGAGAUUAUGUUCAAAAUCAGAUAUCUGUACUUCAAGAAUCUUGUGUAUACUCUUCUUGAAUCCUUCAAUACGCAAGCUCAAGCUCUGUACAGUGGAUGGGUCUAUAAACCCAAGGCUGAUCGAGGCGUGGUACCAGAAAAAACACGCCAAAGGCCUCACCCAACUACGUCCGACGAACGAAUGGAAUUGUUAAAGUGCUUGGUGUCGAUUCUAAAUACUGCAUUUGAAAGUUGUCAGUCAGGGUCCGCAACACCUAGCUCCCGCGGUUUCCAACAAGGUAUCUCGUUGAACGAGAAAGCUAAUGCAUCUGUCCACUCUAUCCGAAAUACACAACCUGACGACAGUCCUGUUGCUUUUCCGCUUAAGUCUGCCCAGAAGCUUGAUGGCAAGCGUCUCCUUGAGCCAUUUUCAGAUAUUAAUACCAGUACCAAAAAGACAAAAACGCCGGCGAAUAAAUCCUCUGCCCGCGAAAGCCUUUCUAAACUUCCACUACAAUGGAAUGUAUCUCGGCCUCAAAACACAAAGCCAGCUCUAUCCAAGAUGGUGCCGUUGAAAGGGGAUGCAACCACAAAGGUUGAUACUAGUUUUACUACAGACGUCUCUGGUGUGUUUUCACAGGGGUAUAGUAGCACUCUCGUCAAUACUCAAUCUACAGUUCCGGAUCCAGAUCCAGAGCUGGUGAUGAAAAAAUUGCGUACAAAUUCCAUCUCAUUAGAUGAGCAAGAACCAAAAACACAAAGCUCUGAUUUUGGUAGCAGUUUUGAUACUACUGAGGCCGAUAGGGUGUAUGCUGAAAGCUUUGGUGCUAUGGCUCCAUCACAAGAUCCACCCAAGUAUGAUGUAAUGGAUGAUUUGGAUGAAGAGAUGUCCGACGAAAUGUUAGAUCAAAUCGUGGAUGAUUCUAAACACAAAGAUACGGAGAGUUGUUUGAACGAAAUGCUGCCCACAUUACCAUCUUGUCUGAAAAAGGCCCCAUUUUUCGUUAGUUACGAAAUUACUCGUGUUUUUCUCUUCGUCCAGGUCCCAAUGGCCGGCUUCACUUUGCCAUACGUUAAGGCAUGGGAAGAAUAUGACAAAUUCUGGAAUAUGUUGAAAGGUCUUCCCAUACUUCAAGGUAAAAAGUUUCCGGAACGAUGCCCACGGAAAGUUUGGGAUAUUGCUACAAAAGGAUAUAUUCGUGGUUUCAACGGCUUAGUCUUUACCGCGACUUUACGUGAAAACAAGACGGAGUUCGGACCUCUGAUCUCAUUUCAUCUCCAACCCAUGAAAUUGGAUUUGACCAAUCGUCUCGAACGUAGGUUUGGGAGUGAUAGAUUUAUUGAGUUUGCGGUUCCCGAUUUGGAAAGUAUGAAACGUGGUUCUCCGGCGUUUAAAGUAGAUCCCAAUGCAUGCGAUGCGUUGAAGUCUUGGCUAGUGAAUGGAGAUCAUCAACUGCUGGGUAGGACGUAUAAAGCAUUUUACGUUACGAGUGGUAAAAGGAAGAGGAAGAGUAGCUUGAAGUCAGAUGCCGAGGAGGAAAGUUCCGCAACACCCUAUCGUGCCUUUCUCUUUGCAACUGAUGGUAUUGGUUUUGUUAAAGGGAGUAGAGCGAGGAAUCCGGCUCCUCAGGUCCGUGUUCGUAUGACAGUUGGGGAGAUGCUGAAUUGUAUACGGCCAACUGCAGAGAAUGAUUAUCAACCUUAUAUGAAGCUAUUUGCGAGAACUGCCUUGGUUGUCUCUAGGAAUCGUGCUACUGUUACUGUCGAUCAGGCUCACAUUAGAAGGCGGGAGGAUAUCAGAAAUCCAGACGUAAAUAAUCCCAAAAAGACUUACGUCAUGACAGAUGGUGCUGGUAGACUUUCGUUAGCCUUGGCUAGGAAGAUAGUAUUCGAGCUCGAGUUAUCAUAUAUACCAGCAGCCUUUCAGGGCAGAUUUGGUGAAGCAAAAGGUCUUUGGAUUGUUGAUCGUAGCGAGGAUAUUGAAAGCGAUUGGAUUGAGUUAUAUGACGAACAAUGCAAAUGGGAACGUGGGGAAGAGGGUAGUCCUGAGUUUGACCAUUGGUCCCAUCGCACUUUUGAAGUGGUAGGACAUUCUGCUCCAUUGAAGACGGCGGAUCUAAAUACUCAGCUUCUUCCACUCCUCGUGCAUCAAGCUACGGAUCCACGAGCAAUGAGAAAUGCAAUUCUUAAUGCAUUGAAAGAAGGUCUGAAGCAGUCGCUGGAAGAGCUCAAAACUGCUUUAACCAGUCCUCAGGAACUUCGCAGUUGGAUUCGGCUCACAAAUUCAUCAGUUCAAGAUAGGGUCAAGAAUGGUGCUAUUCAGUGGCGUGGAGGCCUGCCAGCAAAGCAUGAAGAUCGGCUCAGUACACUUCUUGAUGCCGGUUUUGACCCUCGAAAACUACACUACAUCAUGGAAUUGGCCAAGAAAGCGUUUGAUAUGAAAUGCGAGGAAUUAAAGGAACGUCUUAAUAUCACCGUUGCUAAAUCUACCAAAGUAUACAUGGUUCCCGACUUUUGGGGUGUUUUGGAGCCUAAUGAGGUACAUUUGAACUUUUCAAGUUUUGUGGACAACGAAUCUGGAUUGUCUGAUACUCAACUGGAGAAUGUGGAUGUACUUGUGGCUCGAAAUCCUGCUCAUUACCCUAGCGACAUUCAAAGAGUCACCGCUGUUAGUAAACACGAAUUAAGGCAUCUCAAAGAUGUUAUCGUCUUUUCUACCAAAGGUUAUCCAUCCCUAGCGGACAAAUUAUCGGGCGGUGAUUAUGAUGGAGAUAUUGCAUGGGUUUGUUGGGAUCCUGCCAUCGUUGAGAGUUUUGCCAAUGCAGAUGUCCCCAAAGUUCCGGAUCUUGUCAAAGAAGGUUUUAUCAAGCAAGAUAAAAGGACUUACGCACAGCUGACCAAGGGUUGUUCCGAUCCAACGAAUACUUUCCUGUGUGCCAGCUUCGACUUCAAUAUGUGUCAAAGUAUGCUUGGGCCGUGUACAGCUUGGAAAGAAAAGAUUGAAUAUGACAUUCGUGAUCUCGAUAGGCCGGAAAUUACAUUCUUGUCAACUUUACUUAGCAAUUUGGUUGAUCAGGCAAAGCAAGGUUACAUCUUUACACAGAAGGAUUUCCAAAAGGUCAAGAAUCACAUACUUAAAACUACUAGAACACCUCGCUUGCCAGCAUACAAGGACAAAGAUGAAGUACCAAGCAAAAAAGACCAUAUUCUUGAUCAUAUGAUGAUGGUUGUUCACGAAGAAACGAAAGCUUUGAAAACGGAGUUUUAUGAUAGUGUUGACACUCCACCUCAAUAUGACCCUGAGUUAGCCCAGCUCUACAAGGAUCAAAGAGAAAAGGCAAAGGUGCCGAAGAAGGAAACUGCGACUCCGGAGGAAAUCGAGAGGGCAGCACAAUGGAAAUUACUUCUCGAUCAACUGGAUGAAGAUAUCAACAAGGUCAAAAACAAUUGGAGUAAUCGUAUGCACAGUGGACUAACGCCAUCCAAAAGAUUUAGUCGGGAUGAAGACGAAACCCGAGCAGAUUUUGCCCCAAUUCGAGAUGAAUGUUUUCAGGAAUUCAGCAACAUCAAACCACAUGCAGAGAGCAAAUUGAUCUCGACAUGGUUAGAUCCAGACACGCAAUCGCAACAUGGUGAUUGGGCUCUUUUGAGGGCAAGUGCCCUUUAUGCUACUUAUGCUCCCAAACCGUAUUUCCGCGACUCCUCGGUGAGUGUGCCGAAAUUGGUGUGGUGGAUGGCGGGGAGACAGUUGGCGUUUAUUAAAGCGAGGUUGAGUGGGCUGGUUCCUGUUGCUGGGAAUAUGUAUGCUAUGCUUAAGGCGGAUAAGGGGUUUGUGAGGCAGUUGAGGGCGUGUGAGGGGGUUGGGGGUGGGGAGUUUUGUGGGGUGAUGAGGGUGGGGGGAUGGGGGAUGGGGAGUUUGAUGAUGAUGUUUUUGAUGAGGUUUGAGGGUUUGGUGGCGAGGGGAGUUAGGGGUUGGUUAUUGAGAUGUGGGCUCUGUUGUGAAAGGCGUGUUGAUUGA